GAUGGACUUUAUGAAAGAUGAAUAAACUCUUCAGAAAACAACUUCUGCAAUUUCUGGCCUCUUUCCUGUGGAUUUCAGGUUUUGCUGGUGGGAGUGAUGUCACCCAGCCCGCCGUUUUAUGGAAGAACAAGAGUGACGACGCGACAAUCGACUGCAGCCACAAAAAGGGCGAGUUGUACUUCCAGAUGUACUGGUUCAGGCAGCUGCCGGGGAAAACGAUGGAGCUCGUCGUCUUCACCACRGCGGGCAGCAGCAAGCACGACUUCGGGAGCUUCAGCCAGGAGAAAUUUUCAGCCACCAAAGCGAAGGCUGAGAGCGGAGCGCUGACGGUGAAGAGCCUGGAGCCGGCAGAUGAAGGCCUGUACUUCUGCGCCGUGAGUUCAGCACACACUUAUCCUGCUUAUUUUGGAGAGGGAACCAAACUCACAGUUCUUGCUGCUGGGGCAACGGUCACUCAACCAAAAACAGUGAGAAUCCUUCCACCUUCACCCCAUGAGUGCAGAGACCAGAAGAAGAAGAAAGGGGAGAGGAGGAAGACCCUGGUGUGUGUGGCGUCUGAUUUCUACCCGGAUCAUGUCACCGUGUUCUGGCAGCUCAAUGGCCACAACAUCAUUGAUGGUGUGGCGACUGACGCCGCCGCCAAGGAGGAAGAUGGAAAUCCAAAACUGUACUCCAUCACCAGCAGGCUGAGGCUGCAGGCCAAGACCUGGUUCAAUCCUGACAAURAAUUCAGUUGUCACGUCACAUUCUAUAAUGGACAUAACUACACAAACUAUCCAGCACAUAUUAACUCAAAUGAAACGGACAGAGGAAUGACACGAGAAAAAUACCUGAAAAUUACCCAGCAUGCCAAACUGUCCUACAGCGCCCUGAUCCUGAAGAGCUGCCUCUACGCCGCCUUGRUCUGCUUUCUGGUCUGGAAGCUUCAGCGUUCACCAAAAAAACGGCACGAGUGAGAGACGAGGGAGGCGAACCUUCAGGAGAAACUUUUUYCCAUUGUUAUUUUUAGCUUCUGUAAAUAAAAUGUGUGAAAAUGGCAGGUGGARACGCGUUUCUGACCUGAACAUCCUGAUUGUUAAAAACAUGCAGGUUUUCUUGGUGACAUCRAAAAGCUCUCUGUGUUUUUGUUCAGCUUUUUCCAUGUAAUCUUUUCAUGUAUUUUCUCAAUAAAGACACGCAAGCAAWUC